GGGUGCGUCGAGCUCGCAGCGGAACCAAGAUGGCGGCGUGUGGACGUGUACGGAGAAUGUUCCCCUCGGCGGCGGUACAGCUAGUGCUGCUGCUCUCGGCUGUCGGGGCCCAGAAAUUCGUGGGUCCGGGCGGCCACAGCCAGGGGCAGGGCCCAGCGGCCAACUUUGUUCCCUACGUCGGGCAGGCUGGAGGCGGUGGGCCGGGGGGUCAGCAGCCGCCCCAGUCAUUGCAGUUUCAGCAACAACAGCAGCAGCAACAGCAGCAGCAACAACAGCUCCAGCAACAACAGCAACAGCAACAGCCGCCCCAGCCCCCGCAGCCGCCUUUCCCGGCGGGUGGGCCUCCCGCCCGGCGGGGCGGAGCGGGGCCCGGCGGGGCUGGGGGGGGUUGGAAGCUGGCGGAGGAAGAGUCCUGCAGGGAGGAUGUGACCCGGGUGUGCCCCAAGCACACCUGGAGCAACAACCUGGCGGUGCUCGAGUGUCUGCAGGACGUGAGGGAGCCUGAAAAUGAAAUUUCUUCAGACUGCAAUCAUUUGUUGUGGAAUUACAAACUAAACCUGACUACCGACCCCAAAUUUGAAUCUGUUGCUAGAGAGGUUUGCAAGUCAACCAUAUCAGAGAUUAAGGAAUGUGCUGAUGAACCGCUUGGGAAAGGGUACGUGGUUUCCUGCCUGGUGGACCACCGAGGCAACAUCACUGAGUACCAGUGUCACCAGUACAUCACCAAGAUGACGGCCAUCAUUUUCAGCGAUUACCGCUUGAUAUGCGGCUUCAUGGAUGACUGCAAAAAUGACAUCAACACUCUGAAAUGCGGCAGCAUUCGGCUUGGUGAAAAGGAUGCGCAUUCUCAAGGGGAGGUGGUGUCCUGCUUGGAGAAAGGCCUGGUGAAGGAGGCAGAGGAGAAGGAACCCAAGAACCAGGUCUCGGAGCUGUGUAAGAAAGCCAUCCUCCGGGUGGCUGAGCUGUCCUCAGACGACUUUCAUCUAGACCGACAUUUGUACUUCGCCUGCCGCGAUGAUCGUGAGCGAUUUUGUGAAAAUACACAAGCUGGUGAAGGCAGAGUGUAUAAAUGCCUCUUUAACCAUAAAUUUGAAGAAUCCAUGAGUGAAAAGUGUCGAGAAGCACUGACUACCCGCCAGAAGCUGAUUGCACAGGAUUAUAAAGUCAGUUACUCACUGGCCAAGUCCUGUAAGAGUGACCUGAAGAAAUACCGGUGCAACGUGGAAAACCUUCCCCGGUCGCGGGAAGCCCGGCUGUCCUACCUGCUCAUGUGCCUGGAGUCGGCGGUGCACCGAGGGCGACAGGUGAGCAGUGAGUGCCAAGGGGAGAUGCUGGAUUACCGGCGCAUGCUGAUGGAGGACUUCUCCUUGAGCCCCGAGAUCAUCCUGAGCUGUCGGGGGGAGAUUGAACACCACUGUUCUGGCCUGCAUCGGAAAGGGCGAACCCUGCACUGUCUGAUGAAAGUCGUUCGAGGGGAGAAGGGGAACCUCGGGAUGAACUGCCAGCAGGCGCUUCAAACGCUGAUUCAGGAGACGGACCCAGGUGCAGAUUACCGCAUUGACCGUGCGUUGAAUGAAGCUUGUGAGUCUGUAAUACAGACAGCCUGCAAACACAUCCGAUCCGGAGACCCAAUGAUCCUCUCGUGCCUGAUGGAACACCUGUACACGGAGAAGAUGGUAGAAGACUGUGAGCAUCGUCUCCUAGAGCUGCAGUAUUUCAUCUCCCGAGACUGGAAGCUCGACCCGGUGCUGUACCGCAAGUGCCAGGGAGAUGCUUCGCGGCUGUGCCACACCCACGGUUGGAACGAGACCAGCGAGCUCAUGCCCCCCGGCGCCGUGUUCUCCUGUCUGUACCGACACGCCUACCGCACGGAGGAGCAGGGACGGAGGCUCUCUCGGGAAUGCAGAGCUGAGGUCCAAAGGAUCCUGCACCAGCGAGCCAUGGAUGUGAAGCUGGACCCCGCCCUGCAGGAUAAGUGCCUCAUAGACCUGGGGAAGUGGUGUAGUGAGAAGACAGAGACCGGGCAGGAGCUCGAGUGCCUCCAAGACCAUCUGGAUGACUUGGCUGUGGAGUGCAGAGACAUAGUGGGCAACCUCACCGAGCUGGAGUCAGAGGAUAUUCAGAUAGAAGCCUUGCUGAUGAGAGCCUGUGAGCCCAUCAUUCAGAACUUUUGCCACGAUGUGGCAGACAACCAGAUAGACUCUGGGGACCUGAUGGAGUGUCUGAUACAGAACAAGCACCAGAAGGACAUGAACGAGAAGUGCGCCAUUGGAGUCACCCACUUCCAGCUGGUGCAGAUGAAGGAUUUUCGGUUCUCUUACAAGUUUAAAAUGGCCUGCAAGGAGGACGUGUUGAAACUUUGUCCCAACAUAAAGAAGAAGGUGGACGUGGUGAUCUGCCUGAGCACCACUGUGCGCAACGACACCCUGCAGGAAGCCAAGGAGCACAGAGUGUCCCUGAAGUGCCGCAAGCAGCUCCGUGUGGAGGAGCUGGAGAUGACAGAAGACAUCCGUCUGGAGCCGGAUCUCUAUGAAGCCUGCAAGAGUGACAUCAGGAACCACUGUUCCACUGUGCAGUACGGCAAUGCUCAGAUUAUUGAAUGUCUGAAAGAAAACAAGAAGCAACUGAGUACCCGCUGUCACCAGAAAGUAUUUAAGCUGCAGGAGACAGAGAUGAUGGACCCGGAACUAGACUACACGCUCAUGCGAGUCUGCAAGCAGAUGAUAAAGAGGUUCUGCCCCGAAGCAGAUUCUAAAACCAUGUUACAGUGCUUGAAGCAAAAUAAAAAUAGCGAGCUGAUGGAUCCCAAAUGCAAACAGAUGAUAACCAAACGCCAGAUCACGCAGAACACAGAUUACCGCUUGAACCCCGUGCUGAGGAAGGCCUGUAAAGCUGACAUUCCGAAAUUCUGUCACGGCAUCCUGACCAAGGCCAAGGAUGACUCGGAGCUGGAAGGCCAGGUCAUCUCUUGCCUCAAGCUGCGCUAUGCUGACCAGCGGCUGUCUUCCGACUGCGAGGACCAGAUCCGCAUCAUCAUCCAGGAGUCGGCGCUGGAUUACCGCCUCGACCCUCAGCUCCAGCUGCACUGCUCAGACGAGAUUGCCAGUCUGUGUGCUGAAGAGGCAGCGGCCCAGGAGCAGACAGGUCAAGUGGAGGAGUGUCUCAAGGUCAACCUGCUCAAGAUCAAAACGGAAAUGUGUAAAAAGGAAGUGUUAAACAUGCUGAAGGAAAGCAAGGCAGACAUCUUCGUGGACCCAGUUCUUCACACCGCGUGUGCCCUGGACAUUAAACACCACUGUGCGGCCAUCACCCCUGGCCGCGGGCGCCAAAUGUCCUGCCUGAUGGAGGCCCUGGAGGAUAAGCGGGUGCGGUUACAGCCUGAGUGCAAAAAGCGCCUCAAUGACCGGAUUGAAAUGUGGAGCUACGCGGCAAAGGUGGCCCCAGCAGAUGGCUUCUCUGACCUUGCCAUGCAAGUGAUGACAUCGCCAUCAAAGAACUACAUCCUGUCUGUGAUCAGCGGGAGCAUCUGCAUAUUGUUCCUGAUUGGCCUGAUGUGUGGACGGAUCACCAAGCAAGUGACACGAGAACUCAAGGACAGGUAGAGCCGCCUUGACCACCAAAGGAACUCCCUGCCCAGUGCCCGUUUGUACAGUCCUCCUGUAUAGUGUACCCUCUCACCUCACCCUUCUACGAGGUGGCACCGGCACACACGGUAGAGCAGCAGCAGGUGCCCACUGCAUUGUCCCGUCCAGACUUGGCCACGCCUGCAGUGUCCUCCUCCUCCGCCACCGUCUGUGCAGUGUCUGCAACUUUGGUGGUUGCCUUGGUGAACUCGGGUUUUCCUGCCUGUAGACAAGUCUCUCUCCUACAGCAAAACUACCGAUCCUUCCAGAACCAACUCACCUGACCUGCAACUCAAAUGCUUUUUUAAAAAAAACUACCAAAAAAAUGGAAAGAAAUUUUUAAAGAAAGAAAAAAAUGUAUAUAAUAACAUCUCCAGGCGUGACUUGGGGGCAGGGUUAUUUCUUCUGUGUAGCUUCCUCCAAUGAAGGCAGGACUUGGAGCAGACGCGCACGCCCAGUACUCGGUCACCGAGGUGUCUGGCUCAUCUCCCAGAAGCAUCUCUGACCAUGCCAGGCCGGGACGGACGUCACUGAGUCGUGGCUGGAAGCCUCUAGCCAGCCUGAUUUGGGUCCUGUUUGCUUCUAGCUGUCACCGAAAUAAGCUGCCGCUGGUCACAGUCCGAUGGCCACAGGUAUUUCUGUGAUCUUACCGCAGUGCAGUAAGGCGUGAGCCUCCCUGAACUGAGGGCGGGUGGACGGGGCAGCUCAGCAGUCUGUGAAGCGGGACCACACACGACCUGCGGGGGGGGCUGGAUUUUGAGUGUGCUGGCAGCAGGAGCUGCCGCCUUCUCCCCGGGGUGCUGUGGGACUUCCCGGCGAGGUCAGCCCUGCCGAAGGUGCCAUUACUCUAGAAAUUCUUUGCCACCAGAGCAGUGACUGAGUGGCAGGAUCCUGUGAAACAGGGUGGGGAAACAGCAGGGAGGAGGGGGCGUCUCACCCACCUGGCUCUAUUUUCCAGCCGCAGUACAGAUCAGAGACGGUGGCUUGUAGAGAUCUAGUGCGGUCCCAGGGUGACUGGCGUCCCGCCUGGCCUCCCCGCAUGCUGCACGCAGGCUCCCAGAGAGGCUCCUUUGUGCCCUACAUGGAGGGUGUGGCGAGCGAUCACAUUAAAAGAUGGAGGAUUUUCUCUGUUCUUCUCUCUGUCCUUUUGCUGCGUGUGCACACCCUGGUAGGCACUAGCUAAGUGUAGUGUUUCGGUGACUCAUCAACUAUUCUGGAAUCUGAGCUUUACAGGGACACUGUUCCUGGCCAUCCUCCCUGGCCCUCCUGUGUGGAGGGGACAGGUUUGAGGCACAGGAAGGACGGGCCUGGGCAUCCGGUUCAGCCUGGCUCACCUUUGGUCGAGUUGGGGCCGUGGCAUCACAGGGGCUGCGCGGGAGGGCAGCAUGUACAGUAGGAGAUAUAUUUAUAUAAUAUAUAUUUUAUUAACCUGUUAGUUGUCCACAAAGUAUUAUAAAUCACGUGCCUAAAACUGUCCCCGUAGACCCAGGCCCCUCAUGGCACUCCGCCUCCUCCUACCCGCCUGGCACAGCCCACAAGUGCCAGCACCUGAGCGACAUCUGUCUUCCUUGAAGUCUGUCCAAGCUGUGUUGCGGAUUGGUCGAUCCAAAUACUCCUCAUCUAACCUGACUGAUGUACCUUUGAAUACUGUGGUUUUCUUUCUUUCAUUUGACUCUUUUGCUGCCUUUCCUAGAGGCAGUGGAUUCCACAGCCAGCUGUGUGUCCCUGGCCUGGGGUAAUGCAAGUCACCAAGGAAAGCUGCUAAGCCGCUGGUCCCCGUGGUCCUGCUCUUAGGGUCUUCCUGAUUUGCAGCAGCUCUCCUGAGAUUCUUCAGUCUCAGGAGGCUUGAAACGCUGUGGUUCGAGCACCACGCAUGACUGCACACUCUGCAGAUGAGCUGAGCUGGCCUGCAGGGCCCCCCCCUGCCCCGGGGCUUCCCCUCCACCCCCCUGCCCCGGGGGUGCCAGGCAGACGCCAGGCGGCGUGGGAUGCAGCCAGCGUUACCGCAGUGUGCUUCUCAGGACAGGAUUCCUGAUUCCUGGGGUGAGGAUGUCACUCCCCGUCUCUGCAGCCUCCCUCCUAACACACGUGAAGCAUCCUUAUGUUUCUAAAGCUCCUCCACAUCUGUGUUCGUUCUGAACUGACAGGAAAUCCCCUUAGUAGUCUGCAGCAGAUUGGAAGUUGAGGAAUUUGAUUUGUGAAACGCUUGUCAUAUUUAGAAACAGAACAGAAAGGAUAACUUUGCUGGUAUCUGAAAUUGUUCGUUAUAAGAAAGUCUGCACAAACCCUCUUUGGAGUGAUUUCCCUGUGACUGGAAAGGUCUGGAGCAAAUUGUCCUCAGUGCAAGGGACCAGCGUCAUCUGCGCUGGUGGGGCAGCCGGUCCUAACUGUUCCACACCUCAUUUGGCAUCACAUUUGGCAGGUUCUGAGGCACCCGGGUCGAUGGCGGGCUCUGGCCUUCAUCUGUGCCCCUGCUGUCUAGCCCACAAAUAAGAACAUAAGUUUGUAGUAGGACUUGGGCCAAGGUCACAGCUCCAGGGCUCCCCCUACAGAGGGGGAGCUGCGUAAGAGAGACAUUCUCUACCUUGAUGCAUCCCUGGACUUCCCUGCCAUUGCUCCUGCCCCACGACAGGUCUUUGGCACGAGGUACUGACGGGAGAGCCAUACUAAGGCUUAGGCCCGUGCUGCAGGAAGCCCUCGUCCUCUGCAUUCCUGGGAGACCUGUGGCUGCCACUCCCAGGCCUGGUUCUGCGGACCCCGCCGGCUUGUCCCAGCCGGUGAGUGUAUCCCGAGAAGUGAGGGGAAUUCCAGGGCACGCGAUGAGCUAGCGUUCAAGGAGCAGGUGUUCACAGGAACUCGCCACAGGUCCCUUGGCAUUGCUGUCUCGUUCUGUGCUUGCUGUCCUGGGAGACAACAAAAAACUUGGGUGCGGGAGACACUUUCCUGGAAAAUGCAAUGGAAAGUUAUUGUCAGAUUUCAUGUCUUCCUAUUUCCUGAGGUCAACUGAGAGAAGAAUCCAAUGGGAAAGACAUUGUCAUUUGUAUUUUGUCAGGCAGAUUGGUAAUUAUGCAGCUGAAAGCCUUUGACCUUCCCAAGAAAUGGACUCUUGGAUAUCCUUGUGGAACUGUUGGUCCUCUCCACCUGCAGCUUUGUGGUACCACUUCUGUCCGAAAGAUCCCCGUCGUGUGUCACAGGGGGAGGACUUCCUGGGCCUCCUUUCCUAGCUGGUCUCAAGUGCGCUUGAGCAAAGGCCGUCCCCUCCCUUCCUCCCUGCCCCGUCACAGGCCCCUUCUCACGUGCACCCACUCAGGGUGUAAGGACACUUAGGCCUCAGGAGUCAGCCAGCCCAGCCUGCCCCCUGCACCCUACUUUGUGGCCAUAGAGCCGCAAGGAGAAUGUGGCUUUGGGAAUGUGCGCAUUUCAGUGAGCUUACUUGGAUUUCCGCUUCUUCUGAAUUAGAGCGAUCUCAGAGCUCCGAAUGCUUCCUCAGGCUCCUUGCCGUGUGAACACCCCUAGUGGUUUUAUAAAACGUGGUUCCUGGGCCGGGGAUGUAGCUCAGCGGGCCUGACCGCAGGCCUGCCUGGCAAAUGUAAGGUCCUGAGUUCAAUUCCCAGUACCAGAAAAACCCAAAACACAAAGUGUGGUUCCUGGGGGUCUUCAGAGCCAUCUCCCAACCCAGCCCUACCACUCGGCUCUGGGUCCAAGGCUGUUGUCAGGCCCGAUCUGACACUCCGUCCUCCCCUCCUCCCAUUUGUCCAGUCUGCCAGCUCCACCCUCCCCAUUCCGCCUCGGUCCCUCCCCCGGGACCACGAAUCAGAGCAGUCGCAUCUGAGUCACGUCCCCUUCCCACCUUGGUCAGCACACAGGGGAGUGGGCUUCAGGGUGGCACACGGGUGAGACCGCUGUGGGGACACAGGACAGGGACUGUCCCCGAGAGCACAAAGGGGACACAAAGGGCUGUCGCCACAGGCUGGUGGUGACAGGGUCCCACCGGGGGGUCUGCCUUGGAGAGCUCUGGCCAGGUAGGAGGAAGUGUGACCGUUCUCUGCGUUGUCUGGCCGCUCCCCCAGCACAGGCCUGGCGGCUACUCCCAGAGCCCAGAGGCCGCCCGCCACACUCGUCCGUCUGCGGGUGGCUGCGCCAGGUCCCCGGGUCGGUCCCGGCAGGAAAACCGGCUGCGCGCUCAUGCCGUGUGAGAUCUUGGGCCUCUGAUUUUUUUUUUUUUUUUCCUAAGUACAAUUAACAAGCCUCUUUUGUAAAUGGGUUUCAUUUCUAUGUAUAAAAUCCCAGCAGUUCCUUGUUUUUACAUGUUCAUGCUGUGUAAUUUUGAGAUGUUACUGAGAUUCUGAACAUAAUGUGCAUUUUUUUCUGUACAGAUGAAAUGGGAGAAUUUAAUAAAGAGUUUGCAGGUUUGUACUUGUUAAA